GCGGCUUUUCGAGAGUCCAUCGGCGCCAGAAUUUCCCACCACCCUUUGAACAUCGCCAAUUCGUUUCAUCACCCUAACCAACCGCUUCCUUUCGUCGCACAUCUCAAUUCACAAUGGCCGGAGUCGCUUCUUACACCAUUGCUGGCCGUCAGGUCGGUGGUCACUACCUUGCCAUGGGCAUCCUCGGCUCCCUCUUCGGCGGUGUCUACUAUGCCACCUCUGGCCCCAAGAAGCCCGUUGCCACCACUACUCCCCCUAUCAACGCCUCCAGCUCUGAAGAGGCCGACUUCAUCACGAAGUUCAUUGAGAACGCCGACAAGAAGCAGUAAGCGUUGUACUGUGGACAAUGUGGAGAGUUGCUUUGGACGACGCGAUGUAUAUAUAGACACCAGCAUUCGAGACGAAUACUUGCGAUAAUAGCGAAUACAAAAGUCUUGAGCCCCCAUAUGCGAUAUGACUCUGCUUUGCAGCUGUCGAAUACAUGUGACUAGAAACUGGCAGGUGCAGCGUAGUGAUAAGCAGGAGCACGGCAGCACCUUCCCCGGCUGGAGUUGUCAAACACAGACUAUAAAUCUGGUUGACGUGAGUGUCCCGUUAAAUCUGCGCUAGCACGAUACAAAAACAAAAACAAAACGAAAAAAAACUAACUUUUGAUUAUUAAGAAUACUAUCUUUAGUUGGUAGUAUCCUGCUAUCUCGUUGACCAUAUUGCAAUUUGGGCCUCGGGCGCCCAUGUGUCGAGAUACUAUACUCGGGGCGCCCGAGGGCAGAAGUCGGGCGGCAUUAUCGUGGCUGUUCUGGGAUCUUCCCCUGGUUCACAACUCUUGCUCACCAGCGAUUUAGUCCAAUCUCGUCUCCGGAGCAUAUUCGCAAGUACGGAGAAGUCGUCGACGACAAACAUGUAGAUUUGGUGGCGGUAAUAUGUACGAGGCUCUUGAAUCUUCAUUCAAAGAAGGAGUCUAAGGCUGCUGGGUCCAAGUUUGCUUGGGCCGCAUCACUCCCACGAUUUGCGGUACGCUGCCCACUCAGGACAACAAUGAGGCGAAUGGCUCUCCCUCUCGAUGUGGACAUUGUCGUUGAACAUAAUCUACGCAUCACGCGACAUAAUACGGAGCUAGAUGAGGCCAUCUUCCUCUUCAGCUGAAUUUGCCAUUAUGCUAAACACUCACCGUGAUAUGGUAGCAAUUGCACGUUAUUUCUGAAGGAACUUACACACUCCUGAAACGUACUAGAUAGAAAAGAGAGAGGCUACAGAUUACAUGAACACAAUACGACUGUAUUGUCCAAGAAUUCCGCUCUUGCUACCAUUACAUCAGCUAUAUCUGUAGGUAUACGAACAGUCCAAAUAACUUAAACAAACGGAUAUAAUUCAAC